GUGUUGUGGAAGGACUUCUCUCAUGUUGUGUGCGCUUUUGUUGCGCUCCCAUCCCUCCAUCCCCCUCCUCCUCCUUCUUCGUCUUCCUGCCUAUUGGCACGAUGGAGCAAGUGUGGAACACGACAGUGUCCACGGUGCUGGACUGGUGUGGCGGCGAUGAACGCCUGCUGUUUACUGUGUUGUUCUUGCUGGGUUCCGCAGGCACGUUCUACCUCGUCAACCUCGUGUUUGCUGUCUUCUACUACUUUGACCUCUUCCCAAACAAGCGCAUCCCGCGCCCCCUGGGCAUCAAGCCCGAGUCCCCGCAGACGAUCCGCAAGGCGCUGAUUCACGUCAACGCCGUCAUCCUCUCCUCACCAAUCGGCAUGUACUUCCUCUACGAUCUCUACAAGUGGCGCGGCAUGGAUAUGACGGCGCCCCUCCCCGGCUUCUGGAAAACGCUUGGCUACCUCGCUGUCUCGCUUGUCGUCGAGGACACCCUGUUCUACUGGGGUCAUCGCAUCCUCCACCAUCCAAGCAUCUACAAGCACAUCCACAAGCAACACCACCAGUUCCAUGCCUGCGUGGGCAUUGCUGCGCUGUACGCGCAUCCCAUUGAGGAAGUGGUUGCCAACUUCAUCCCAACAUACAGCGGCUGCCUCAUCUCUGGCUGCCCUCUCUCCGUCAUGGUGCUCUGGAGUUUUCUCCGCCUGUGGGAGACGGUGGACGCGCACUCCGGCUACGCCUUUGACUGGUCACCCUGGAACCUGUUCCUCACCAUUCAGGGCGGAGCGGAGCGCCACGAUUUCCACCACUUCCAGAACAAGGGCUCGUACGGCUCAUUCACCAAGUUCUGGGACUGGGUGUGCGGCACGGAUGAGCCGUACUACCAGUGGCGCCGUGAGAAGAAGCCUGCCAUUGUUGCCGCCCUCAACAAGGCAAAGGCCCUCUAAAGGCAGGCUCCAUAUGUGCAUCCUCCUGGUGAAACUUUGGUUUCCUGAUCGUGUGUGUGUGUGUGUGUGUGUCUGUGUCUGUGUCUGUGUGUGUGUGUGUGUGAGUGUGUCUGUGUCUGUGUCUGCGUGGCUGUGUGUGUGUGUGUGAGUGAGUGUGUGGGUUUGUGAGUGUGUGUAUGUCUGUCUAUCUGUGAUGCGCCAAUGUGCGUGCUUGUAGGACUGCGAGGAUGUUUGGCUUCAUGUUCCCCACCCCAUCUCCUGCAGCUUUCCGCUCCUCUCCUCUUCCCCAGGCCCCUUGCUCUCCUUCCUCCUCCUCCUCCUCCUCCUCCUCCUCCUCCUCCUCCUCCUCCUCCUCCUCCUCCUCCUCCAUCUCCAUCAUCCGAUAUGCUUGCUUCUCGCGUUUUCGUGCUUUCCGACGACUAUUUUGCUUUUACACGAGGGCGAGGUCCCCUCGUUACUGAACCAACUCAACCACAAGCAAGGAAGGGAGGAUGGAGGGAAGGAAACAAAC